AACGAUGAGUUUGAUGACGGUGUGAGGACACGAGCUUAUAUUGGUCUUUUCAGUUCAUUUGGAGGCGAACAAGAGAACCUGGACAAGUUUGCGUGAGUUGUUCCAGAUUUGGAGUCCGAAAACAGCCAACAAAUAUGAGACCAGGAUUCAGCCCUCGGGGUGGUGAUCGAGGAGGGAGAGGAGGCUUCAGAGGAAGAGGGAGCUUUGGAGACAGAGGUGGUGGACGAGGAGGGUUUGGAGAUAGAGGUGGACGAGGAGGAUUCAGAGGCAGAGGAGGUGGAUUUAGGUCUCCAAGUGGUGAGGGUGGCUUCAGAGGCCGUGGUGGUGGCCGUGGCACCCCCAGGGGUAGAGGGGGGCGUGGAGGCUUUGGGGCAGGCAGGAAAGUCACAGUGGAGCCUCAUAGACAUGAAGGAGUGUUUAUCUGCCGGGGCAAGGAAGAUGCCUUGGUGACAAAGAAUAUGGUGGUUGGAGAGUCUGUUUAUGGAGAAAAAAGGAUGAACGUUGAAGAAGGAGAAACAAAGAUUGAGUACAGAGCAUGGAACCCUUUCCGGUCAAAGCUGGCAGCAGCCAUAUUGGGUGGUGUUGACCAGAUCCACAUCAAACCUGGUGCUAAGGUCAUGUACCUGGGAGCUGCGUCAGGGACAACGGUGUCCCACGUGUCUGACAUUGUUGGACCUGAGGGUCUUGUGUAUGCUGUGGAGUUCUCUCACCGGUCAGGACGUGAUCUCCUCAACGUUGCAAAAAAGAGAACCAACAUAAUUCCCAUCAUUGAGGACGCUCGGCAUCCACACAAAUACCGCAUGCUUGUUGGCAUGGUAGAUGUAAUCUUUGCUGAUGUGGCCCAGCCCGAUCAGACCAGAAUUGUUGCUCUCAAUGCUCACAAUUUCCUCAAGAACGGAGGGCACUUUGUCAUCUCAAUUAAGGCAAACUGCAUUGAUUCAACUGCAGCACCAGAGGCUGUGUUUGCUGCAGAGGUGAAGAAGAUGGGCUCAGAAAACAUGAAGCCCCAGGAGCAGUUGACACUGGAGCCUUAUGAGAGGGAUCACGCCAUUGUUGUAGGAAUCUACAGACCUGCCCCUAAGAGUAAGAAGUGAACUGGCCCAGAAUGCAGACCAAACUUGAAGAUUUAAAACAUUUGUCUGAAGGCUGCAUCUGGUAUAAACUGUUGGCUUUUGAGAAGUGUUGGUGUAUCUUCAAAGAUGUUUGAGUAUUGAGUGUAUAUAUAUAUUUUAAUUCAGUCAUACGUUGGUGACCUGUUGUAUGACAUGUUUCAUGAAAACAUUUUCUCUGGCCAUGUCUUGUGUUGGAAUAAAUAAGAUACAAUCACAUACACUCUAUGUUUUAAUUAGAAACACCAUAAAGGCAGUGGUGUUUUUAUGUCAAAUUGGUCAGGCACCAACCAUUUCAAAAGACAGGAUACGUACCAGUAAAACUACAAUACUCUCUUGCUACUGAUGUUUAACACCUCAACAAACAGCAUGGCUCUACAAAACACUUAAUGACAGAGCGGCUUGCUUCUACCAGGUGUUGUAGUACACAUACAGAGGGAGGGAGUGAGAGAAUCCUCCUUGUGUAAUUGCACUCCUCUCACCCUAUCUCUUGAUGUAUUGUAGGGCCUCUGGGUGACCAUCUUUUUUUCUCUCCAAUAAAUAAUUCAAUAUAUUUUUUUUUUAUCUUGAUGCAUGGCUAUUACUGUAUUUUUUUUGUGUUAAAUCUAUAAAAUGUUGCAAUCUUGGUAGAUUGCAUGAUCAUGCAUCCAUCUGAUGUCUGAAGACUUUGCAAAGGUGGAUAACAUUUUGACAACCUGAUGCUGUCAUUUUUUACUUUGCCAGGCUGUUCCUUAGAGCUCUUGUGUUAGUUCCUUGCAGUUUUAUAUUGUCAUUUAUUUGGGGAUUUGAGCUAAACCUCUACUGUUUUCUCUGAUAUGGGUUUGAUGUUUGAAUAUGUCAACGGGGGCUAUGUCGGACAAAAUGGGUGAGAUGGCGAAGCUGUAGCUUUUCCCAAGCUCAAGAUAUGGCCAAAAUGUCAUUAAAUUUUUACCAAACCGA